AUGGUGUUUAGUCCGGAUGGAAACUUAGCGCAUCCAUCAUAUGAAAUCAUCAAUGUGAUAGGCACUGGAAUUAGGAGGAUUGGUUAUUGGUCUGAAACCUCUGGCCUCCAUACUGGGGAAGAUCCCAAUCCCUCAAAUUCUAGUAAGGGACUGUAUGGGGUCAUUUGGCCAGGUCAAACAAUCCAAACCCCACGUGGAUGGGUUUUUUCCAGCAAUGGAAGAUACUUAAGAGUUGGGGUGCCACUUAGAAUUGGUGGCGCUGAGUUUGUGUCAAGAAUUGAGGGAACUGAGAUGUUUGGUGGUUAUUGCAUAGAUGUGUUUACUGCUGCUCUCCACUUGUUGCCUUAUCCGGUACCAUUCAAGUUCAUUCCAUUUGGUGAUGGUAAAACUUACACGAUAAACUCAGAUCUUCUUCACAUGAUAACAAUUGGUGUCUUCGAUGCUGUGGUGGGAGACAUUACUAUCACUACUAACCGAACUAAGAUAGUGGACUUUACACAGCCUUAUAUUGAGUCUGGUCUAGUUGUUGUGGCACCUAUCAAGAAGUUGAAAUCCACUGCUUGGGCUUUCCUAAGACCAUUCACUCCAAUGAUGUGGUUUGUGACUGGAAUGUUUUUCUUGGUGGUGGGAGUUGUUGUGUGGAUUUUAGAGCGUCGCAUGAAUGAUGACUUUAGAGGCCCCGCUAGAAGACAGUUUGUCACCAUUAUUUGCUAUAUUGCAAGUCUCACCUCCAUCCUCACUGUAGAGCAACUCUCUUCACCGGUUAAAGGAAUUGAAAGCUUACUAAUAAGCAAUGAUCGCGGUUUCCGGAGAGGUUCAUUUGCUGAGAAUUAUCUGACCGAGGAGCUCAACGUGCACAAGUCUAGGCUUGUUCCUAUCAGUUCACCAUCAGAAUGUGAAAAAGCCUUGAAGGAUGGACCAGCAAAUGGUGGUAUUGCUGCAAUAAUAGAUGAACGUGCAUAUAUGGAGCUCUUCCUGUCCACCAGAUGUGAAUUUGGUAUCGUUGGUCAGGAGUUCACCAAGAUGGGAUGGGGUUUUGGCUUCCCAAGGGAAUCUCCUCUAGCAAUUGAUAUGUCAACUGCCAUCCUUAAACUAUCAGAAAACGGUGACCUCCAGAGAAUUCAUGAUAAAUGGCUAACAAGAAGUGCCUGCAGUUCAGAGGGUGCAAAACAAGAGAUAGACAGACUUGAGCUAAAAAGCUUUUGGGGUCUCUUCCUACUUAGUGGCACGGUAUGCUUCAUUGCUCUCUUUUGUUAUGUUAUUAGAAUGGUUUACCAUUUCAGCAGGCACUCCAACAAUAACCUUGAGGGCUCAUCUCACUCUGCUCGUUUUCUAUUGUUCCUUUCCUUUGUUAAUGAAAAAGAAAGGAAAGACGCAAAAGGAGAAGUGAUCUUGUAG